GAAUUAAAAAGGCAUUUAUAAUGAAAGUAUAUUUCUGUCUUGUGCCAUUUGAAAACUAUCCUGAUUACAUCUUUAAAAUAUGUGGGUGAAAACAUCAAACAUCAGAAACAGUCAGCAAUUAGAAGAUCUUUGACCAAGGUGCUGUGUCAGUAAAAUAUCUGUGUUUGGGUUUCUAAAUGCUCAAUCUCUAAGUCAUACUGUCUUCCAAGAGAUGAAGUCAGUAUAAUUAAAAACUUAUAGCCCACAUGUUGCAGCACAGACACAAUAAAACUGUUGCUUUUAUUGAUUGAUGAGGGGGAUCCCACUAGAUAUUAGUAUAGUUACUGAACGCAGUAUGUGGAUUUUCUGCGUGUUGGGGUGGGGAGUGGGUGUUAUUGCACCAUUGUAAACAUGUAUUUUCAGAUUCGGCACGCAGCCCUGUUCCGACUUUUGAACGAUCAUUAACUGUUAAUAGAAAGGAUAAACUGCAUUCAGACCAGCUAAAACACCUGCAUAACGCCCUCCUUCGCCACGCCCCUUACACGUUAAAACGUCUGCCACCUGCCUCUGCACGUCUCAAAUUUCACCCACAUUUCCUACAUACGCCUCACGAGCCCAGACACCGGCAAAAACACACAUUCUGCCGUUACACUUCUUUACCAGUCUCGUUUUUAUCCCCUUCGCUGGAUAGUACACGUUAUCAAACCUGUGCGCGCUGAGUGAGCCGAUGGGAGCAACGGGACGUUUUAAUACACAACCUAAUGCACGUCGCAUGCCCAAAUAAAUGCGGACGUGGUUCAUUUCUGCCGAUUUGAUGCGAAAAGCCAGCGCAGUGACGAGCGCGAGCUUGUCGUGACAGCUUUCUAGCAAGAUCUCUUUCUCUGUUGGAGGAGACCUGCAUGCGUAGUGUGACACCCUCUCCAAUGCAUGGCAACAAACUCCUUUAUAAGCCAUACCUGGAUCACCUGCAGAGGCACAGAUCAAGCAAAUUGAGACACAGAGUGCAAUAAAAAAAAAAAAAAAAGAAAGAAACUUAAAUUUUUCUGUCUUGCUUCACUUUUUUUGGGAUACAAUGUGGAAAGCAGUGGUAAUGGCUGUGUGUCUGCUUGUGGCCGGGGUUGGGGCUCAGCACAUGGAAGAUCCGACGUACGGGGUGAAGCUCUGCGGCCGAGAGUUUAUUCGGGCAGUCAUCUUCACUUGCGGAGGCUCACGCUGGAAGCGGUCACUUAGAAGUCAAGAUGCUUCAGAAGACCCAUUCACCUCCCACCAGGAUGAGUCUUCAGAGAGCUUCACCUCCAACUUUGCGAUUGAAAGCCUCCUUCAACGAAGCAAAGACCUCAGCUUCACGCCCAAGACCAACCCCGACGCGGCGUUCAGCAGGUCCACCCGGUCGUUCAUCACAGAUGAGAUUCUUGAGGCGCUCCGUAAAGCCGACCGCAAAGGCCGGGACGUCGUGGUGGGUCUGUCCAACGCCUGCUGCAAGUGGGGCUGCAGCAAAAGUGAGAUCAGCUCCCUUUGCUGAGGGCAGAUGAAUGCUACGCGAGUGCAUGUGUUGCAAAAGGUUGUUUUUACAUCAUCCCACAAAAAUGCACGCAUACAGACAGAAUUAUUACGUUUCACACAUUUGUCAAGAAGCUGAAUCUGUUUGGUGUGUUAUUAUUAUAUAAAGCUAAGUUUUCUAAGUUUAAAGAUAAAUCACUGGAGUACUUGUAUUUUCUUUUCAAUCCUGGCUAAAUAAUUGUUGUCUGCAACUUCUGAGAACUUUCUGUUGUGUUUUUUUUAUUUUAUAAACAGUAUGUGAUGUGAAAGGUCUGAUUACAUAUGUAUUCUGAAAGUAUUUUCCAUUUGUUUUAUUAAACAGAAUGUGAUGUGUGUAUUUCAGAUUCACAACAAUGAAACUGUGUCAUAAAACUAUAAAACGCCUCACUCACAAACAUGUCC